GGGAACGCCUGCCUUUUAUUUUAUUGAACGGCCAAUCCGGUGGUAGGUUCACCUCCCCCUCUCUACCCAGAGUCACUGCUGCAGCCGCCGCCAUUUUAGCGUUUUGUCAGAAGCGUCCGCGCCGCGAGGAAGAGCCCCUGCUGCUUUUUGUGCGGGCUGUGUCCGAGAUGGUGAAGCUGUUCAUUGGAAACCUGCCCCGGGAGGCCACAGAGCAGGAGAUCCGCUCACUCUUCGAGCAGUAUGGGAAGGUGCUGGAGUGUGACAUCAUUAAGAACUACGGCUUUGUGCACAUAGAGGACAAGACGGCGGCCGAGGAUGCCAUACGCAACCUGCACCACUACAAGCUGCACGGGGUGAACAUCAACGUGGAAGCCAGCAAGAAUAAGAGCAAAACGUCCACAAAGUUGCACGUAGGCAACAUCAGUCCUACUUGUACCAACAAGGAGCUUCGGGCCAAGUUUGAGGAGUAUGGUCCAGUCAUCGAAUGUGACAUCGUGAAAGAUUAUGCCUUUGUACACAUGGAGCGGGCAGAGGAUGCAGUGGAGGCCAUCAGGGGCCUUGACAACACAGAGUUUCAAGCCCGAACAAGGUAGUGGCUGCUGCUUCUCCUGAGCACUCCUCUUGUUAAGAGUCAUUUCGGCUAUCUUUGAUGUUUACUUAAAUUGGACCUUCUUAGACCUGGAAGUCUGAUCAUCAUUUCCCCCAAGUUAAUGGUGCCCUGUGUCAUGGGUAUUGCUGUGCAUUAUUAAAGAAAAAUGUCACAGGUCUCUCAGGUCUGGUUUUCCAUUUUUAAUGGGUAAGUUGAGAAUUAUUUUGUGUCAACAACUUGAUUGGGAGCAAAGGCUGCUGUGGUGGAGGGUUUAUGAUAUCUAAUUUUUGGAUACUCUUCUACACUUUAACCAAGUCAUAGAAGAGGUGGUGGUGUCUCCUUGUAACAGUUAACACAUGUAAGGGAAGGAUAUUGUGAACUGAUACAGGACACAUCAUACUUAGAGCAUAACUCUUGGUAUCUGAACUCUAGGCUCUCUUGAUGUUUAGUUAUUUUUGCUCUGUUUUCCUUACUAUUAGUCAUUCUCCUUAGCGCUGUCUAGUACAGUUCUGUGUGUAUGUAGAGUAGCAGUAUUUAUUAUGGUGGUCUUUUUCCCUUUCAGUUUCUCAGUGUUGGGGAUAUUCUUUUUAUUGUUUGCCCAUUUAACGAACAUCCAUUUUAGUUUAAAGACUUAGCUUCUUUUUCUGACUUUGGAAUUUUUUCUGGCAAAUAUUUAGGUCAGGACAUUUAUUAAUGACCUUUAUGUCUUGAAGGGACAUGGUUGGUUCAUUGGUUGCCCUUAUUUUCUCUGGUUUUGCUAGGUGCCCAAGUGGCCACUUGGACAAAUGCGAGGGACACGGGUUAGCGCUUAAAGCACUUAAGUACUUAAUUGCACAUCUUAGCUUUUAACUGGCAACCUACACUUAUCGGAUAAAAUGGUUAAACCAGGACUUUUUUUUAAUAUUUUGGUCCUUCCCUCUUCCCUUUUUUAGCCUUCUAGAACCUAACUUUAAUUUUGUAGGUGAAAUUGUAUAUUUACCAUUUUCUAUAAUGUUAGUUGAGUAGAUGACCUAUCUGUUAACUCCCCUGGAUCUAAGCAUUCGCUUCUUCGCCAUCUGCAUGCUUGGGUGCAUGAUAGCCAUUUGUAUUGGAAAGGUUUUGCUGGAGUUUUGCUUACUAUUAAAAUGGUAGAUCAUGUUAGGUGGAAACUGCUUCUGUGAAAAGGUUUAAAACUUAAACUUUUUCAUUUCCAGAAUACAAAUUGUAAUUUUCAGCAAAAACUAGUAUGAAGUGCAUGUUCUUAGGAUCUUAGAUCUCUAAAGGAGGAAAAGUACUUUAACCUUGCUAACAUGAACAGUUUGAUACACUAACGUUAUUGGUCAUUCUCUACUUUUUUCAUCCCCUCUUUUCUUCCACAUUUUUCAUAAUACUCUUUCUGAAAAUUCAGGCAUCUUGUGAACUGCCUGCCCUGUUUUGUUUGACCCCCUGUUAUAAGGGGGUCACUAAAUAGUAAAGAAUCCCUGUUAGAAUGAAUAUCAGAACUAACAAUUUAAAGGACCCAGUUUAGGGGGAAGGCAGUCCUUCAGCUUGUAUUUCGCCCCUAUUCCCCCAUUCAUGAGUGUUUUUCCCAAAAGUCUUGAAACUUGCCUACCGCAUUCAGCCACGGAUCAAGUCUGGAUUACUAUCAAUGGUAACUUUAGAGUCCUACUCUAUUCUCUUUGAUUUUGGGGUGGUGUGGGGGACUGGCCUUUGCAUUCUCCUGCUUACUGAAUUCAAGAGUCUUAAUAGUGAAGAUUGGAGGUGUCAGAAUGUCGUGGAGCACUAUUAUUGUGGUUUCUUUUGACAUUGGGCCACCGUUCAGAGUAGUUUUUGUCCACAGUUAACUUGGCAAAGGAUGAAAUGCCUAUUUUUGAGUGAGAGUACUUUCUUUCUUAAGCGUUAAACUGGUGUUAGAGCUGAAACAGUUCUUCAUUUAAUUGAUCUUUGCCUGAAAUCAGGUCAUUAUACUGAAUUUAUACUGGACCUUUAAAAAAAAAAAUCUUUAAAAUGGCAAUGAAUCCUGCAUUAGAGUUGUCUAGGUAAAGCCAUUGCUAUGACCAGUGUCUGGGGUAGGGGCUGGGGCUAUGACUAAGAGUGAUAGCAACCCUUCUUGCGUCUGUUUC